UAUUUUGACACAUUAUCUAAAUCUCCCAACAAUGGAGGGAAGCUCGCUUCUCAGUCUCAGCUGCUCCUCUGCUCUUCCCAAUUUAAUACCCACUCCUUCUUACUCCUCUCUAAGCUUUACUCUCUCCCACUCCUCAUCCUCUUCUUCUUUGCUAUUUGGUAAAUCCCAUCUCGUGGGUUUAAUCCCAAGACCAUUCACUGUUCGAACCUCUCUCCGCACUUCCACGUUCGCUGCCGUCGAUGAAGCUCUCGAAAAGUCCAACUCUGAUUCCAGAGAUAUGUUGCCCAAGAUUGACAAGAGUGGCAGAUUUUGCAGCCCCAGAGCCGCCAGAGAGCUCGCUCUCUCCAUUAUUUAUGCUUCCUGCUUAGAAGGUUCCGACCCAGUACGCUUAUUUGAAAAGCGAAUGAAUGUCCGUCGAGAACCCGGGUAUGAAUUUGACAAGGCUUCAUUGUUGGAAUAUAAUCCCAUGAGCUUCGGAGGACCCCCUGUCACAGUUCAAACUGUUGAAGAAGCAGAUGAGCUCCUGCUCAAUGACGAAAAGGAAUCUGCAAUCGAAGCGGAAGUUCUUGCAGCUCCUCCAAAGUUGGUAUACAGCAAACUGAUUUUGAGAUUCGCAAGGAAACUUUUGGUUGCAGUUAUGGAUAAAUGGGACAGUCAUGUGCUUGUCAUUGACAGAGUUGCCCCUCCAAAUUGGAAGGAUGAGCCAGGAAGCAGAAUCUUGGAGCUUUGCAUCCUUCACUUGGCAAUGUCAGAAAUAACAGUGUUAGGAACGCGACACCAGAUUGUCAUUAAUGAGGCUGUAGAUCUUGCUAAACGUUUCUGUGAUGGGUCAGCCCCCCGCACAAUCAAUGGUUGUCUUAGAACAUUCGUCAAUGGCCUUGAAGAAUCUGGUUUAACUCCAGCUUUGGGGAAACAGAAAGCGGUCACUAUCAGUAUUAACUGAUUUUUGUUGAUUUUUAACGAAACUCAGAUAGUUGUUGGUAGGCUGAAUUGAAGAGUCGCAGUUUGGGAGUAAGGCUCUAGUUUGUAGAUGUUAGAAAACGUUGGAGGACUUAACGAGAAAUUGAGGGCAUGGAGGCAUGUACCUGGAUAGAACCAUUGUUAUAAUAGCUAAUUCUUUGAGAAUUAUGAUGUAUAUGAUAAAUGUUAUAGUAUGGAUUUUCUGAAUGAUAUGAAUCUUGGAUAAGUGCGCUUCUCAUCGAGUAAAGGGCUAAUCCAGCUAUGUUUAAAGUUUAA